AGCGAUCACAGCUCUGGGAGGCCCUAUCGACCAACUGCCCUCAUUCGCUUUGUACUCCUUUUGCCAGGUUAAGCGUCAUAACGGCCCUUGCUUAUCCAUGCAUUAACGAGCUUACAUAUUCAACACAUAUUUCAACUGUAACAACCACAUUAACAAUGGCACUUCUUGCUCCUUUGCGUGGUGUCCGGCCUUCGGUGCGGCCAUGCGCGGCUCGUGGACGCCGCGUUCUCGUCUGCAGAGCCGAGGCUCAGCCUCCGGCUCAAACGCCGCCGAAGAUUCCUGAAUGGGUUCCCGAGUCCGCCCUCCCCUCGCUGCAGUUCCUUCUGUCAACCGACUUCCGGCUGCAGGAGACGGAGCUGUACCGCACCCGCCUGCAGCAGUACGUGGAGUCGGACAUGUUCAAGCGGAGCACCGGGUGGAAGGAGCUGCCGGAGACCAUCAACGGCCGGGCAGCCAUGCUAGGCUUCCUUGUGUGCGCCCUGCGCGAGGUGGCGGGCGGGGGCCCGGUGCUGGCGCAGCUGGCGGGCAGCCCGCUGCUGGUGCUGGGGGCGCUGGGGCUGCUGGUGGCGGCCAGCACCGUACCCAUCUACAAGGCCGUCCAGGGCGACUACCUGUCCGCCCUGCGCGACACGCACGGGGUGCCGGAGGGGGUGUUCACGGAGCCCCUGGAGCGGCUGCACGGCCGGCUGGCCAUGCUGGGGCUGGCGGGGCUGCUGGCGGCGGAGGCGCUGGUCGGGAGGGCGCUGCUGUGAGGGGAGGGCCGGGGAGCUGCUGGGUGCGUUGGUGUUGCAGUGGUGUAGCGUCCGCUGCUGCAGGCGUUGGUGUUGUAGUGGUGGUGUUUGGAACGGGUUUGCACGUGGCGAGGAGUGCCGAGGGCCAUGUGUACAGUAUUAUAUGAUGAUGAUGUGGGUGGCGAAGUGGUGGCGCACGUGUUCUUCAGAACAGGGUCGCGCUUGAGGUCGUGCAGAGAGGCUGGGGAGGUGCGGGUGUGGAGCGAAUACCCGGUAUGAUGUUGGGCGGAACAUAAGGUGGACACGUCCGGUUUACAUGUUUCAUUUCCUACCUUUCAUGAUUUGCUCAUUUCGUUCAUGUGAAACGGAAGUCAGUGAGUUAGCCUUGGUGAGGUGUGGGGCACCGUAUGGUAGGCAAGGGAGUAGCAAGGCAAAGUCUGUUAAGGGUAAUCCCGACAUUGAAUAUACUCGGUGACUAACUACAUACUAACGAAGCUUCAGUGACAUAUGUAAACUGCAGCUGGGCUGGGCUCGUGGAUCAGGUACAUGUACGUCAACGUGCAAUAUGUUGAUAGGUUUGCCGCAGAAAUUGUACUUUGUCACCACCCUGUCACAUUCUGCGGUCAUUGUGGCAAGAGGCGGCACUGUAGCAGGUGAUCGCUGGUAUAACCGUGUUGCAAACAUGCAUGGCUAAGAUGGCUGCUGCUUCCCAAAGCUCCUGGCAGAUGUAACGGAGAGCAC